AGCUGCAGACGUCUCUCCCCCUCCAAACUUUUUAUUCUCAGUCCAGAAGACAAGUGCUGUUAAUGAACUCGUAUUCAGUAUUUAAACAGAAGUGAUCUUUAUCUGCUGUUUCUGCUGUCAGUGAUGAGUGGAACAGGUCAUACCUGUCUCUCUAAAACUCCUCCCAUUAAGGAAGUACAGAGUCCGAGACGACUGCAGUCCUUUUGCAGUGUUCUGCUCUGGUGAGUUUAGUUUUACUCUCGGUUUAUGGAGAAUUCUGAGUCUCAUUUUCAGCUCUGUGAAAGGAAGUGAUUACUAACUGGACCUGCAAAGUCGUAUAUUAACUUUAAACAAACCUGAAAUCAGGGUGUGAUUACUUUUGAUCAAAGUGAAAGUGGAUCUGAACAUUCGGACUGGAGAGAACAACAACAGCGGCAAAAUAAAAUGGCUUCUAAGUUUUCAAAGGAGGAUUUCUCUUGUCCUGUGUGCUGUGAAAUCUUCACGGAUCCUGUUGUUCUGCUCUGCAGUCACAGUGUGUGUAAAGUGUGUUUGCAGAAGUUCUGGGAGACCAAAGGAUCCAGAGAAUGUCCUGUUUGUAGGAGGAAGUCGUCUAUGGAAUAUCCUCCCAUAAAUCUGGCCUUAAAGAACCUGUGUGAGACUUUCUUACAGGAGAGAAGUCAGAGAUCUUCAUCAGCGUCUGAAACAGUCUGCAGUUUGCACAGUGAGAAACUCAAACUCUUCUGUCUGGAUGAUCAACAGCCGGUGUGUGUGGUGUGUCGAGAUUCAAAAAUACACACCAACCAUAAAUUCUGCCCCAUUGAUGAGGCAUUAACAGACCGUAAGGAGGAGCUGAAAACUGCUCUGAAGCCCCUACAGGAGAAACUGAAGAUCUUUAAAGACUGUAAACUGAACUGGAGUCAGACUGCAGAACAUAUAAAGAUUCAGGCCCAACACACAGAGCGGCAGAUUAAGGAGGAGUUUGAGAAGCUUCACCAGGUUCUACGAGAUGAAGAGGCAGCCAGGAUAGCUGCACUGAGAGAGGAAGAGGAGCAGAAGAGUCAGAUGACGAAGGAGAAGAUUGAGAAGCUGAGCAGAGACAUAUCAUCUCUUUCAGACACAAUCAGAGGCGUAGAAGAGGAGAUGAGAGCUGAAGACGUCUCGUUCUUACAAAACUACAAGGCUACAGUGAAAAGAUCUCAGUGCACACUGCAGCAUCCAGAAGAGCUUUCAGUACCAUUGAUCCAUGUGGCAAAACAUCUGGACAACCUGAAGUUCAGAGUCUGGGAGAAGAUGCAGGAUGCUGUCCAAUACACACCUGUAACUCUGGACCCCAACACUGCUCAUCCUAACCUCAUUGUAUCUGAUGAUCUGACCAGUGUGAGACUCAGUGAUGAGGAACAGAAGCUUCCUGAUAAUCCAGAGAGAUUUGAUGAUUAUUUGUGUAUCCUGGGCUCUGAGGUCUUUAACUCAGGGACACACUGCUGGGAUGUUGAAGUAGGAGACUGUACAUGGUGGGAUGUGGGUGUGAUGACAGAAUCUGCUCAGAGGAAGGGAAAUAUAUUCUCCAGAAGUGGACUCUGGUGUGUCGGGUAUACUGAUGGUAAAUAUGGAACACGUUCUACACCACAGCCACGCACUCUCCUCUCAGUAACACAAAAGUUCCAGAGGAUCAGAGUGCAGCUGGACUGGAACAGAGGAAAGCUGUCGUUCUCUGACCCUCUCACUAACACACACAUACACACUUUCACACACACAUUUACUGAUAAAUUACUGCCAUUUAUAUGGGUUGCUUGUAAUAAAUCUCCUGUAAAGAUCCUCCCACUUCAGUGCUCUGUAAGAGUGAAUCAGAUCAGUUAGAGCUGAUAUUGUUUUAUUCCAAUUCAUUAAUGAAAUAUUGCUGAUGAAAAGAUUCGUGUUCUUUGUUAAAGUCUGUUUUUACUGAAGCACUGAACACUUCAUUGUGGAAUUUAUUUUGAAGUGUGUAACGACACAAGACGGUUAACAGGAAGUAAGCGCAGGAGUAAUGUCUUUAUUAAUAAAUCAACAAAUAAAACCCAGGGAACGCGGUCUAUACUGAACUAGACUAGCUAGAUUACACAUGGACUAGAGUCUAGGCAUUACACGAAAACAGGACAUGGAAAUAAGACCGCUAGCAUGCUACACGCAUUCGCUACUACAUUCAACAUAUAGAUCUAAUACUGCGCGAAGUGCACAGCAGCACAAGGGGUUUAAAUAACCAACAGAAUUAAACUAAAUCACCGACACCUGGAGUAAAUCAACCAAUGCUUGCACACAGGGAGAAUCAAAACAAACGAACCGCGCGUGUCCAUAUACAAGAGUCUCGUGCACGCGCGCCCUCUACCGGCGGUAGCGUAACAAAGUGUUCUAUUAUUAUUUCGACUCACCUUAUCAGUUACAAAAUAAUGUGAAAACUCAAAAUAAUAAGAUUAUAUCUCGGAUAUUAAUAUAACUUGAAAUUCCAAGAUAUUCAUUGAAAUAUUUUAAGUGAAAAUAACGACCUACUGCGUGGAAACUAAUAAAAAUAACGUGAUAAAUUUCAAAUAACUACAUAGUACGUGAUACUUAUGUAAAAUGUGAUUUAUUUAUUUUUUUAAAAAUAAAUUUGCAAAGAUUUCAAACAAACUUCUGUCAUGUUGUCAUUAUGGGGUAUUG